GCCGGCUUCGCCUCGCCCAAGGCGGCUGCUGCCGGGAGACGCUCCGCCGCAGAAUCCCGCAGGCGAGUGAGCCGGCGCCUCUGGAGCAGCAGCAGCAGCAGCAGGUGGAGGUGAGUCCGGUGCAGCGCGCAGGGGAAACUGAGGCCGGGCGCGGGGAGGAUCACCAUCAGCCCCGGAUUCAGCGCCCGAACCGUUUGCCUCUCCCCACCUGUGGCGAAGCGCUGGCUGGGACACGCGAUCCGCUGCCUCGUGUGAAAGCGCUUCUCUGGGGACACGCGGAUCGCGGGUUUGGGUCCCGAUCCGGCCGAGGCAGCUCCUUACGAAGGAGAGGGUGCACCCUCCCAGAACAUGCAGACACGUGUUGACUCUUCUCGCGCGUCGGAGCCCAACCUCAUCUUCUUAGAAAGCCCCAACAGCCCCAAAUUGAUGGAGCUGCCUCCUGGACACGUGUCAAGGGAUUCUUGAGCUGUGAUGCCCGCAUUGCAGGGGGGUUGAGCUAGAUGACCUUUGGGGUUCCCUUGCGUAUCUACAUUUCUAAGAUGCUAUGAAUUGAUGCCACCCUCCUUUGGGGCAGCCUGAUUUAAUAAGUUUAAUAAGUUAAUUCUUUAUAUUUGGACAACUUUUCCGCUGUACUUUAUCGGAAGGAGAAAAGCAAUCGUUUCCUGAGUAACUAAACAAUUUAUUUAACUGAAACAGUAAUAUGAUAGCAUAUGCAUCCAUGUUUGUUAACUGAUGUGGUUAAACAAUUAAAAAACAACAACUUAGACUGAGUUUUAGCACACAUGAGAAACGUAAAACAAAUCCUUAUUUCCUUAUAUUACAGCCUUUGGACUAUAAUGUAACUCAAGUAAAAAACUAUCUUGAGAAAGUUUUUUCCUCCAAAAGAAUUUUAUUUUAAAAGUCCAAUUUAAAUUUUAAAAAAUCUGAUUUAAAUUUUUAAAAAUCCAAUUUUAUAUAUACGGUAUAUAUAUUUUAAAAACCAUUGAUUUUUUUUUUAUCUACCCUGCUUUCUUGCAAACUUCUCUGGGGACAGGGGAGGCUGGGUUUGGGUCCCAAUCCGGCCAAGGCAGCUCCUUACAAAGGAGAGGGUGCCGCCCGAACAUGCUAGAUGACCUUUGGGGUUUUCUUGCGUAUCUACAAUUCUACGAUUCUAUGAAUUGAUGCCACCCUCCUUUUGGGCAGUCUUGAUCAAGCUCAGACAGUGCUCCAAAUUCUCCAUCUGAUUUUCUGACCCUUUGGUUAGCUGCACGAUUUAAAUUGCUAGUCAGUAAGCCUUGAUUUAGAUCAUUUAUUUUUUUUACACACUCGUUCUUGCUAGUAUCAUCUUAAUAUUUACAACCAGAUGAAGGUUUCCUUUUUUCCGAAUACUAAAUUUUCAGAGUAGUUUUUACAGUGACUGGUUUGGUUAUACGAUCAGAAAAACAUAGACCGAUCAUUAUGAAAUUAUGGUGAUGUUUAAUAAGUUAACUGUUUAUAUUUGGACAACUUUUCCGCUGUACUUUAUCGGAAGGAGACAAAACAAUCGUUUCCUGAAUAACUAAACCAUUUAUUUAACUGAAACAGUAACAUGAUGGCAUAUGCAUCCAUGUUUGUUAACUGAGGUGGUUAAACAGUAAUAAAUUAAAAAACUUAGACUGGGUUUUAGCACACAUGAAAAACUUAAAACAAAUCCUUAUUUCCUGAUGAAUAGCUUUUGGAUCAGGGGUCAGCAAACUUUUUCAGCAGGGGGCUGGUCCACUGUCCCUCAGACCUUGUGGGGGGCUGGACUAUAUUUUUUUUGGGGUGGUGAACGAAUUCCUGUGGCCCACAAAUAACCCAGAGAUGCAUUUUAAAUAAAAGGACACAUUCUACUCAUGUAAAAACACGCUGAUUCCCAGACUGUCCGCGGGCCGGAUUGAGAAGGCGAUUGGGCCGGAUCCAGCCCCCUGGCCUUAGUUUGCCUACCCAUGCUCUGACCCUUUCAUUGGCUGUGCAUCCUUUUCUGUUCUGCAAACCCUCCGAUGAAGGCUGAGUAUCCAGUGCCGGAUUUACAUAUAAGCCAAACAAGCUAUAGCUUUGGGCCCCACUCUCUUGAGGGCCCCCAAAAAAUUAAAGAAAAAAAAUCUGGAUGUACAUUUCCAAAAUAUAAGCUAAAAAGCAAAUAAAAUAAAACCUACAUGCAGCAACAGUGUUCUGUGUUGUGUAGGGUUCCUAUUUGUUAUGUGCAAAUGGCAUUGGAUACCUAUUAGGUCCAUAAAUUACCAUAUGGCAUAUAUCCAACACAAAAAACAGUGACAAUUUGUUGUUGACAAAGGACAGCUGGACAUAUAAAGGGACCCAUCACCUUCAGUAGCUUAGGGGAUAGGUAGGCAAACUAAGGCCCAGGGGCCGGAUCCGGCCCAAUUGCCUUCUCAAUCCGGCCGGGAAUCAGCAUGUUUUUACAUGAGUAGAAUGUGUGCUUUUGUUUAAAAUGCAUCUCUGGGUUAUUUGUGGGGCAGAGGAAUUUGUUCAUUCCCCCCGCCAUAUAGUUCAGCCCCCCGCAAGGUCUGAGGGACAGUGGACCGGCCCCCUGCUGAAAAAGUUUGCUGACCCCUGGCUUAGGGCCUCAUCAAACCUAAAUCCGGCCCUGUGUGUAUCUGUUUGUGGAUUAGAGUUCCAGCUGCUGUUUUCCUUCCACACUGGAUUUGAUGACUUUUGUGAUCAAAUGGCACCCCUGGAACAAUAUAGAAUUGCGAAUUAUCAUUGUAUGAAAGGCCCUUGAUGAAACGUCUAAUACAAAAAGGCAGGCUGGUUGGUAGCAGAAGAAACUUCUGCUGGGAAUUCCCAUCUCAAAUCCAGGUAUUUGCAGGCCGAUUGUGAUUCCUGGGGCAAAAGCACUCUGCACAUGCUCAGAAAGCAAAUUAUUAUUACGUUCUGUGUUCCACACUGGCAUUGGGGGAACACACCCAGGGAGAGGAAUCUUUUUCUUUCCAGUCUGAGGGCCACAAUCCCCCAUGGGCAAGUUUCUGGGGGCCCUCAUGCAGUGGGCGUGGCAAACGCAAAAGGGGGCGGAGCAAUGGAUUUGACUCUUCACCUUGCAUUCCAGCUACACGAAAAGCAGAGGUUUCUACCGACACAAAUCUCUGUAUCUUCCAUUCCGGCAAGCAAAAGGCACCUUCACGGUUCAAGAACGUUUUCCAGGUAAUUGAAAUUGUGUGAGGAGGUCGUGAGACGGGACUAGUGAGAGAUUUGGCCUGGGGGAAGAGUCCACAGGGCCAGGAAGGAGGCCUUCGAAGGCUACCUUUGAAACCUGGUCGGCAGGGUCCCCACCUCUAUUGCAGGCUGCCAAUUGCCUCUCGGCUCAAAUUAAGCCGUGUUUUCGAUGCCACAACACACCUUUGCGAUCUCAGGGGUUUUGUGCCUUUGUCAAAAGCACAAUGGCGCCCAAGUCCACCAAUCCCUGGACCCUGCCACACUUUCCCUAGGCAGCCGAAGGAUUGUGGAUCAUGUGCAAGCUUUUGUGUUAACACAGAACGGUUCAGCGGGCAAACAGUUCCUUAUACAGUGGUACCUUGGAUUACAGAUGCUUCAGGUUACAGACGCUUCAGGCUACAGACUCCGCUAACCCAGAAAUAGUACCUCGGGUUAAGAACUUUGCUUCAGGAUGAGAACAGAAAUUGCACGGCGGCGGCGCAAGGCCCCAUUAGCUAAAGUGGUACCUCAGGUUAAGAACAGUUUCAGGUUAAGAACGGACCUCCGGAACGAAUUAAGUUCUUAACCCGAGGUACCACUGUAUAUUUACUAGGAUUCUGGUUCCGGCUGCUAGCCAUGUCAACCCCGCUGUGGACUUUGCAUAUGAGAAGUUACUUUAUUUAGAAGACCGGAGAAAGUUUCCAGUCCUCCUCAAAAGAUUCUAAACUUGGGUCUCUCAUCUGCACCAUCAGUUUUGCCAUCUCUGCGAAUUCCGUGAUUCUCAUCUGCCAUUCUUCCUCAGAGGACAUUCUUAGAGAGGAGAUCGCUAUUGUGCUCAGGUCGUAGAAUCAUAGAAUUGUAGAGGCGGGAGGGACACCCAGGGUUGUCUAGUCCAACCCCCUGCAAUGCAGGAAUCUCAACUAAAUCAUCCAAGACAGGUGGCCAUCCAACCUCUGUUUAAAAACCUCCAAGGAAUGAGAGUUCACCGCCUCCCAAGGGAGACGGUGCCACCGUCAAACAGCUGCUGCUGUCAGAAAGAUCUUCCUGAUGUUUGGGCCCUCCUCCUGUUACUUAACUAAACUCCCAUUGUCCCUGACCAUCCUUGCUGGGGCUGAUGGGAGUUGUAGUUCAGCCACAUCUAGAGGGCCAAAUGAUCCACAUGCCCAACGUAGACAGACUUGCAGGCUCGCUAAUGGCCACUCUGACCAUACUCUGCCUCCACAGUUGGAGUCAGCAACGCAGAACACGGUAAGAAAUUUGUUAAAAAGGAUGAAGCUUGUCAGGGAACUGACAUCGGAGCCAGAGGCGGAGGCUAGGCUCUCAAGCGAUGCUGGAGAAGGGCCCAGCAGGGGGAGAGGCGGCUCACCAGCUGGGGAAAGAAAUCAGCGUAACACCAGGGAUAAAGGGGGGCAGAUGGGGGAAUCGGCGAGGGGGCUCCAGGACUCCUCGCCGGAGAUCAGCGAGGAGAGCACGGGUCCUCCGCUACCCACGCCCUCCCUGCGCAGAAGGCUUCUGCGCAGGGAGAGUAGGAGGAGACUUGGAGUCAAACAACUUUUAUGCUGGAAAAGGUUUAAGAAACGCCCACUGACGGAUUCUGCUAGCGACUGAACAGCCACGAAGUGCAGGGCUGUCCAGACAGAAAAGGUUUAACAAGGCAACCUAGCCAGGAGUGGCACCAACUUGCGCACGAGCAACCCCUACAUUUAUUACAAAGCUGGAGGUGAUGGAAUUUUUAAAAUGCAAUUGCAUGUACAGUGGUACCUCGGGUUAAGAACUUAAUUCGUGUGCCUCCUCCUCGAGAGGUCUGGAGGGUGGCAACACAAGAACGGGGCCUUCUCUGCAGUGGCUCCCCGCCUGUGGAAUGCUCUCCCCGGGGAAGUUUGCCUGAAGCCUUCAUUAUACACCUUUAGGUGCCAGGCAAAAAUGUUCCUUUUCAACCAGACCUUUGGCUGAUUUGAUUUACAUCCUAUGCCCUUUUAAAAUGUGUUUUUCCUUGGGGGGGGGUUUGGUUUGUUGUUUUAUUUUUAUAGUGGUACCUCAGGUUAGGAACUUAAUUCGUUCUGGAGGUCUGUUCUUAACCUGAAAUUGUUCUUAACCUGAGGUACCACUUUAGCUAAUGGGGCCUCCCGCUGCCGCCGGAGCACUAUUUCUGUUCUCAUCCUGAAGCAAAGUUCUUAACCUGAGGUACUAUUUCUGGGUUAGCAGAGUCUGUAGCCUGAAGCGUCUGUAACCUGAGAUACCACUGUAAUCGUAAUUUCGGUUGAGCGGGAAGUUGCCAGUUUUGUGAAAUGGGAUUAUAGCUGUUGAGUGAUAGAGUGUAACUCUGAAUCUUGAAAUAAAAUGAGAUAUUACUGUAAAAGUGAAAAGAGAAAUCUCUUCUGUGGCCCUCCAAAGGCGGUUGGAGUUCAGUCCCAGCAAGAGUGGCCAGGAUGCUGGAAGUGUAAAAAUGUAGAGGGAACAUUCUUCCACAUGUGGUGGACAUGUAAAAAGGUAAAAGAGUAUUGGCAAAUAAUUUAUAAUGAACUGGGGAAAAUGUUUAAAAUUACUUCCCUGCCCCCCGAAAACUAGAGUCCUUUCUGCUGGGGAUAACCCAGACUGAAAUUCCUAGGUGUCAGAAAAGAUUAUUUAUGUACGCAACAACUGCGGCCCCUGUUUUGUUAGCCUCAAAAUGGAAAGUGAGCGAGGUCCCAACUCAAGAGGAUGGGCAACUGUAGUUGACAGAAUAUGCACAAUUUGCAAAUUUAACAUAUAGAAUAAGAGAGCAGGGAGAACAUACGUUUAAAGAAGAUUGGAAAACAUUUAUUGAGUAUAUGGAAAACAGCUAUGUACAGCUGAAAACGCUGGCAGCGUUAAGAGUAAAUAAUUCUUGAUGAAUGUAAUAGUGGAAAAUUGAUUUGAAUGGUUAUAGUAGAGUAUGCAGGGAUGUAAGAUAUGUAAAACGAACCACGGAAAGAGAAGAAGGGGGAAGUCAUUGGAUAUUUUAAAGUUUGUACAGUGGUACCUCUGGAUGCGAACGGGAUCUGUUCCGGAGCCCCGUUCGCAACCUGAGUAGAAUGUAACACGCUUCUGCGCGUGCGUGGGUCGCGUCUCGCCACUUCAGCACAUGCGCAUGAUGUCAUUUUUAAGCAUCUGCGCAUGCGUGAGCGGCGAAACGCACUCCGUUACUUCCGGGUCACCACAGAACGUAACCUGAAAACGCUCAACCUGAAGCAUAUUUCACCCAAGGUAUGACUGUACAAUGUUUAUCUGAAAUUGUAAAACAGAACCUUUAAUAAAAAUUAUUAUGGUGUAAGACAAUGGGAGCUAUAGUUCAGCGAUAUCUGGAGGGUUUAAGGUUUCCCACACUCAGUCUGGAUGUGACCCCCAUUCGAGGAUCUGGCUGCUUUUCAGCCUUUUGGGGACGGGACAGCACGGUUCUGUUUUGCCCUGCCAAAACAUACAGCGUCUGAUGAUGCUUUCAGGUGCUGUGCCGGGCUUCUGAGUAUAACACACGCCCGCUGCAGGUGUCAUGAAACUGGAGAACUUUGUUUGCGCAAAUCUGUAAAAGCACACAGCCCAAGCAGUCCUUGGAAAUAUGCAGCUAAUUCCCCAGUGUAAAUACUGAAGGGUGUGGAAUGAGGGAGGCCUUGCCGAACCCUCUUGCUCCUCAGACCUGAAUGGGCCUCAACAUUGCCAUAGGUGUGUGAUCUAGGAGGGAUGCUUUGCAGGCAGCGCCGGAUUUACAUAUAAGCUAAACAAGCUAUAGUUUAGGGCCCCACUCUCUUGGGAUCCCCAAAAAAAUUUAAAGGGAAAAAAACCUGGAUGUACAUUUCCAAAAUAUAAGAUAAAAAUAAAAUAAAAUAAAACCUACAUCCAGCAACAGUGUUUUGUGUUGUGUAGGCUCCUAUGAUGUAAGUCAUGGGCCCCGCCUGCUCCCAAAAAUAUCACUGGUUUGGUGACAGCGGUCACGAAAUUAAAAGACGCUUGCUUCUUGGGAGAAAAGCAAUGACAAACCUAGACAGCAUCUUAAAAAGCAGAUAUAUCACCUUGCCAACAAAGGUCCGUAUAGCUAUGGUUUCCCCUGUAGUGAUGUGUGGAAGUGAGAGCUGGACCCUAAAGAAGGCUGAUCGCUGAAGAAUUGAUGCUUUUGAAUUCUGGUGCUGGAGGAGACUCUUGAGAGUCCCAUGGACUGCAAGAAGAUCAAACCUCUCCAUUCUGAAGGAAAUCAGCCCUGAGUGCUCACUGGAAGGACAGAUCGUGAAGCUGAGGCUCCAAUACUUUGGCCACCUCAUGAGAAGAGAAGACUCCCUGGAAAAGACCCUGAUGUUGGGAAAAAUGGAGGGCACAAGGAGAAGGGGACGGCAGGGGACGAGAUGGUUGGACAGUGUUCUCGAAGCUACCAGCAUGAGUUUGACCAAACUGCGGGAGUCAGUGGAAGACAGGAGUGCCUGGCGUGCUCUGGUCCAUGGGGUCACAAAGAGUCGGACACGACUAAACAACAAUAAUAUAUAGGGUGCCUGCAUUCUGCAUGGACUGGUUGCAAGGCAACAUGGGCUUUAGAUUCCUAUUAGGUCCAUAAAUUACCAUCUAGCAUAUACUCAACACAAAAAACAGGGACAAUUUGUUGUUGACAAAGGACAGCUGGACAUAUAAAGGGCCCCAUUACCUUCAGUAGCUUAGGGCCUCAUCAAACCUAAAUUUGGCCUCUUUGCAGGGAUGUUUGAGUACAUUUGAUGGCAGUUUUAGAGCACUGUCCAGACAUUGCACCCAACCACCCUCUGUGCCAUUGCAGAGCACAGCGAUGCAUGUUUUUUUGGGAAGUGGCAAUUUAUAUGUUAUAUUUAGGAUCAGAAUAUGUCUUUUGAUGCACAUCCCCCCAAUGCAAGGCUUUUGCACGCCUCGGCCAGUUGAAUCUUAGAAUCAGAGCUGGAAGGGACCACAAGUGUCAUCUAGUCCAGCCCCUGCAAUGCAGGAAUCUUUCACCCAAUAUGGGACUCGAACCCACAGCCAUGAGGUUAAGAGCCCUGUGCUCUACCAGCUGAGCUAUCCAUCCUAGGCAGAAGCGUGUACAAACUAUAGUGCAAAAUACAGAGAUGUUCUGAUUUUGAAGGAUGCCCCUGUGUUUUGGUUCACGUACUCACUCAAGAAGCACAAAUAGGGUGGUUUCUCAUUAAAAUACAACCAAGAUUGAAUUUGUCCCCCCAACCCAGAUUCAUGCACCGUUGUAUAUCUCUUCCCCCACCCCCCAUGGCUGCAAAGUAGCCUUUUCAGGCUAGCCAGUCAGCCCUCAAAAUCUCGUCCUCCUCUGGCCCCUCCACCUGUCUUUGCAGAUAUCCCCCUUGGACUUAGUUGUUAUUCGUUUAUUGCAUAUCUCUUCCACCUUUUCCUCAAGGUGGCGUAAACCAGGCAUAGGCAAACUGGCCCUCCAGAUGUUUUGGGACUACAACUCCCAUCAUCCCUAGCUUACAGGCCCAGUGGUCAGGGAUGAUGGGAGUUGUAUUCCCAAACAGCUGGAGGGCCGAGUUUGCCUAUGCCUGGCGUAAACGGCUUUCCUCCUCUCCAUUUAAUCCCAACAAGAACGCUGCAAAGUAGGUUAGGCUGAGAGCGAGUGCCUGGCCCAAGCUCACCCAAUGAGCUGAGUGGGGAAUUCGAACCCUGGUCUCCCAGGCCUUAGUCCAGUGCUCUAACCACUACACCACACUGACUCUCCGUACUUGGUACUGCUAUCUGAUUGUCUCGGGGAGGCAGGAUCUUGGAUCAUGUUUCUCUCCUGCACCCGCAGCCAGCAAGGAAGUGGUUUCUUAUUUGCAUUCCUCAUUUUUUGCAGAAAGGGAGUUUGGCAAGCUCAGCCGGGCAGGCACAAUGGAAUUGUGGACGGCCCGGUUUUUUGGUUGACCACCGAGCUCUCGGCCAGGGGCUUAUCAGUCUUUCCCCUUCUCUGAACAAUAGCGGCUUUCACAAAACAGAAAAGGGGUGGGAAGGGUGCCUGGAACUGCAGCACCCAAGCAAGACCAGGAAGUCAAAUAUGUCAGCUGGAAUCAGUGGAGGUUCGAGUCAAAGAAUUGUAGAGUUGGAAUGAGUCAUCUAGUCUAACCGCCUGCAACGCAGGAAUCUCAGCUAAUCAUAGAAUCAUAUUAUAGAAUCAUAGAAUCAUGUAGAGUCAUAGUACUGCCAAAACCAUCAUGCCAUUGUACAAAUCUGUAGUGCAACCACAUUUGGAAUACCGCAUACUCUUUUGGUCGCCUCAUCUCAGAAAGGAUAUUGUAGAGUUGGAGGAGGUUUCUCCCUAACCUGGGGAGAAAACAGCAAAGACCUGAUGAAGAGAGCACAGCAGAGGUUAUAUUUUCUGAGAAUCCUCCGGGAAAACAAUCUCUCAAAGGACCUGUUGGUGGCAUUUUACCAGUGCACUGUUGAGAGUGUAUUAAAUUAUGGUCUGUGUGUGUGAUUUGGGAGUUGAAUGGUCAGGAAAAAAACAAUGCUGUCCAGGGUUGUAAAGACUGCGGAGAGAAUAAUUGAGCGCACUCUUCCCACCUUGGAUCAAAUCUAUGCUUCCAGGUGCCAUAAGAAAGCUGCAGAGAAAGCGCAGGAUAGUGCGCACCCCGGAAAUGAUCUCUUUCAGCUUCUGCCUUCUGGGAGAAGGUACAAGGUUAUAAAGACUAGGACUAGCCGCCUGAGAAACAGUUUCUAUCCAAAUGCGAUUUUGGUUUUAAACGCAGUGUAAGGUAGUCUCUAUGGGAGUAUAUUGUAUUUAAUUAUGGGGUAUGAAAUAUACUCAGAGUCGCAAAGUGAUUUCAUGCUCUUUAUUCAGCUCAUAGUGGUGAGGAGGAAUGAAUGAAAGUCCCCUCAAAGUAUCUGCUUUAUAUACAUUAUUUACACAAUGGGCUGCACAUGAUUGGCUAAUUCUGGAAUUCUACUGUAAUCCAAUCAGGUUGUGGAUUCACUUAUAUCUGGAGCAUGAUUGGGUGGUUCCUACCAACCAAUCAUACUGCUGCAUUGUUCUAGGACCAAUCAGACUGCUGCAUUCUGAAUCCUAUUGUUCUAGGACCAAUCAGACUGCUGCAAUUUGGAUCCUAUUGUUCUAGGACCAAUCAGACUGCUGCAGUUUGGAUCCUAUUCAACUCAGUACAUAACAGGGUAUCAGAGUUUUUAGGGGGCUAACCAGGCUGGGAUAGCAGGCUUGUGGGUUUUUGAAUGUCUGAUGUAGAUUUUUUCAGUUUCGUUGUUCUGUAUGGGACAAUGACAAUAAAGAUUAUCGUAUUGUAAAAUGACAAAGCAAAUGAUCAAGGCGAUGGAGCUGCUCCCCUACAAGUAAAGGUUGCUGUGUUUGGGCCUUCUUAGUUUAGAAAAAAGGCGAGUCAGAGGAGACAUGAUAGAAUUUGGUGGCUGUCACUGCCUUCUGCUUAACUAUGGGCAGAGUGAAGAAAAACAUUCACACCCCACUUUCUCCAUCCCGUGCAUUCAUCAACUUCUACAGUGGUACCUCGGGUUUCAUACGCUUCAGGUUACAGACUCCGCUAACCCAGAAAUAGUACCUCGGGUUAAGAACUUUGCUUCAGGAUGAGAACAGAAAUUGUGCUCCGGCGGCUCGGCAGCAGCAGGAGGCCCCAUAAGCUAAAGUGGUGCUUCAGGUUAAGAACAGUUUCAGGUUAAGAACAGACCUCCGGAACGAAUUAAGUUCUUAACCAGAGGUACCACUGUAUUUCGCUUUUUCUCUAAACUGAAAGGGCCCAAACGGCUUAGGGUUGCCAUCUUUCCAAAAGUAAAAACCAGGACACACCGAAAACUGUGGAGUUGUUUUUCGAUUGACUCACCUAAGAUCCAGGACAAAGCGCCACCUUUCGGAAAUUUCCCUCGGGCGUCAAUUCCACCUUUGUAAUCCCGGACACAGGUGGUGCUGUGGUCUAAAGCACAGAACCUAGGGUUUGCCGAUCAGAAGGUCGGCGGUUCGAAUCCCCGCAACGGGGUGAGCUCCCAUUGCUCGGUCCCUGCUCCUGCCCACCUAGCAGUUUGAAAGCACGUCAAAGUGCAAGUAGAUAAAGAGGUACCACUCCGGUGGGAAGGUAAAUGGCGCUCCCGUGCGCUGCUCUGGUUCGCCAGAAGGGGCUUAGUCAUGCUGGCCACAUGAUCCGGAAGCUGUACGCCGGAUCCCUCGGCCUGUAAAGUGAGAUGAGCGCCACAACCCCAGAGUCGUCCGCGACUGGACCUAACGGUUGUUGUUGUUGUUUAGUCGUUUAGUUGUGUCCGACUCUUCGUGACCCCAUGGACCAGAGCACGCCAGGCACUCCUGUCUUCCACUGCCUCCUGCAGUUUGGUCAGACUCAUGUUUGUAGCUUCGAGAACAGUGUCCAACCAUCUCGUCCUCUGUCGUCCCCUUCUCCUUGUGCCCUCCAUCUUUCCCAACAUCAGGGUCUUUUCCAGGGAGUUUUCUCUUCUCAUGAGGUGGCCAAAGUAUUGGAGCCUCAGCUUCACGAUCUGUCCUUCCAAUGAGCACUCAGGGCUGAUUUCCUUAAGAAUGGAUACGUUUGAUCUUCUUGCAGUCCAUGGGACUCUCAAGAGUCUCCUCCAGCACCAGAAUUCAAAAGCAUCAAUUCUUCAGCGAUCAGCCUUCUUUAUGGUCCAGCUCUCACUUCCAUACAUUACUACUGGGAAAACCAUGGCUUUUACUAUACGGACCUUUGUUGGCAAGGUGAUGUCUCUGCUUUUUAAGAUGUUGUCUAGGUUUGCCAUCGCCUUUCUCCCAAGGAGCAGGCGUCUUUUAAUUUUGUGACUGCUGUCACCAUCUGCAGUUAUCGGACCUAACGGUUAGGGACCCCUUUACCUUUGCUAAUCCCGGAAAUGUCCGGGAUAAUCCGGGCGUGUGGCAGCCCUGCAAACGUUGCAAACUUUCUUCAUUGGGGAGUUGCACCUGAUCAUUUGGGUUUCCCCGUCUGAAUGUUUUCCAACUUCGCAAGGUCCUUAAAAAAAAGGAAAACUCUCAGGGCAGGAAAAUAAUAACGCUAGAGCGAUGAUAGCACAGGGGCACAGCCUCACAGCAAACUGCUUUUUCUCGACUGAGUUUACCAUUCCCACACAUGUAGGUAAUGUUUGUUUGCUUUUCCAGAAGGGCAAUGAAGCAUAAUUCAUUCAUGUUUGCAAAGCCCUUGAAGAUCUUUGAGCAAGCAGAGCUGCGAUGGAAUUAGUUCCACCGCAGAGCUGCUUUAUACUUACUUAGCAGGAACGUUGCCAUUCUGCAGAUGUGUGCCCCUGUUCUAUUAUAAAUAAUAAUACAGUGCUACCUUGGUUCUCAAACUUAAUUCGUUCCUGAAGUCCGUUCCUGAAGUCCGUUCCAAAACCAAGGCGCGUUUCCCCAUAGAAAGUAAUGCAAAAGGGAUUAAUCCGUUCCAGACUUUUAAAAACAACCCCUAAAACAGAAAUGUAACAUGAAUUUUACUAUGUAACAAGAUCAUUGAUCCAUAAAAUGAAAGUAAUAAUCAAUGUACUGUACUAUGAAAUAAAUAAGACAGUAUUGUAGAUGAUAAAAAUUUUUUUAAAAAAUUAUUGCCUGCACUGAUAGUCAUUGUCUGGAUGGGGGGCUUUUAUCCAUUUCCGCAGUCACACAAUCAAUCAAUCAAUCAAUCAAUCAGUAGCUGAACUGGGUUCCACACAGUCACAAAAACAAAUUAACCGAAAAAGCCUCAAAAACGCAAAAUAAAUAGCAAAAACAAAAGCACCAAACCUAAUCCGUUCCAGAAGUCCGUUUGACUUCUGAAAUGUUCGAAAACCAAGACGCAGCUUCUGAUUGGUGCAGGUGCCCCGGAAACAAUAGCUGACAGCCACAUCAGAUGUUUGGCUUCCGAAAAAUGUUCAAAAACCGAAACACUCACUUCCGCGUUUUCGGCAUUUGAGAACCAAGGCGUUUGAGAAUCAAGGCACCACUGUAAUAAUAAUACAAAGUUUCAAGCCCUCAUUGUGCGGUGGAUAAAAUUUUGAAACCUAAUAAUUGUUCAUUUAAAAAAUUAUCUCUGCAAAUCAGCUUUGGUACUAUCCUAAAUCCUACAGUGCUGAAAAAAUAGGUCCCUGCUCCCAAGGGCAUUACAAUCAAAAAUUUGAUAGUGGCGGAGAGAAAGGGAAGGAGGAGAAAGUCAGCAAAGGACGAGUGAGUGUGUGCAAAAAUAGUUACGUGUUCUUAGUCUUUGUUUUAGAUGGGGAGUCAGACAAGAGAGGAGGAUAGGGAGCUAUUUGAAGGCUAUUUAGCUAUGGCAGAUGGAAAUUAUAGUUCAGAUUGUCUAGAGUAGACGGUGCCGGGUUGGCGAAAGGCUGUGCUAGGAAUUAAGUGCUGGCUGGGGGCUUCUGGGAGUUGUAGUCCAAAACAUUCAGGUUCAGGAAGGAUGCAUGACAAUGAGAAAAGAAGUUGCAGUACACAUUUCCCUGGGAGUAAAUCUCAUUGAGCUCUGCAGGGCAAAUGACGAUUGCGCUGUAAGCGAGAGUAUGGAAACCGUGCGAAGUGGCAUGAAUCAGGUCCUGUUGCCUGGCUAGCAAAGGAUUUGCGCCUUCCUGCCAGCACGUAACUGGCACCAUCCUGCUGAUUACCUUUCUUUGCAAUGGCCAUGGGAGAUCAGCUGAAGGUCAGCUGGCGGCAUAAAAGCUGAAGGGUUUGUAGACGCCACCCGUCACUUAUUAUGUGGGCACAACAGAGCUUCUGUUGCAGCAAAGCAGAAUUGGGUCUGUACAGAUGUUGCAUCAGAUCAGGGAAGAUUGAGGCAUUUUCAAUCAAGAUACCCAGGACAUCUGUAUAUGGGGACUUCAAGGGAGGGGGUAAAAGGAGAGUGAGGGGCUGAGGAGUUAGGAGUCCUUCCCAGAGCCUUUUCAGGUUCAAGGUGCUACUAUUAGUAUACAAAGCCCUUAGGUAAAGCCCUUAAGGACGCGGGUCGCGCUGUGGUCUAAACCACAAAGCCUCUUGGGCUUGCCAAUCGGAAGGUCAGCGGUUUGAAUCCCUGUGACAGGGUGAGCUCCUGUUGCUCUGUCCCUGCUCCUGCCAACCUAGCAGUUCAAAAGCACGCCAGUGCAAGUAGAUAAAUAGGUACCACUGUGGCGGGAAGGUAAACGGCAUUUCCUUGUGCUGCUCUGGUUUCGCCAGAAGUGGCUUAGUCAUGCUGGCUACAUGACCCGGCAGAACUGUCUGUGGACAAACGCCGGCUCCCUUGGCCUGUAAAGCGAGAUGAGCGCCGCAACCCCAGUCGUCUGCGACUGGACUUAACUGUCAGGCGUCCUUUACCUUUACCUUUAAAGCACUUAGGGAUGCGGGUGGGGCUUUGGUCUAAACCACUAAGCCUCUUGGGCUUGCCGAUCAGAAGGUCGGCUGUUCGAAUCCCCACGAUGGGGUGAGCUCCCGUUGCUUGGUCCCAGCUUCUGCCAACCUAGCAGUUCGAAAGCACGUCAAACUGCAAGUAGAUAAAUAGGUACUGCUGUGGCGGGAAGGUAAACGGUGUUUCCUUGCGCUCUGGUUUCCAUCACGGUGUCCCGCUGCGCCAGAAGCGGUUUAGUCCUGCUGGCCACAUGACCCGGAAAGCUGUCUGUGGACAAAUGCCAGCUCCCUCGGCCAGAAAGCGAGAUGAGCACUGCAACCCCAGAGUGGUCUGCGACUGGACUUAACCAUCCAGGGGUCCUUUACCUUUACCUUACAAAGCCCUUAACAACUUGGCACCAGUUUGCUUGCAAGAUUGCCUUACCCAGUACAGUGGUACCUCAGGUUACAUACGCUUCAGGUUACAGACUCCGCUAACCCAGAAAUACUACCUUGGGUUAAGAACUUUGCUUCAGGAUGAGAACAGAAAUUGCACAGCGGUGGCACAGCAGCAGCAGGAGGCCCCAUUAGCUAAAUUGGUGCUUCAGGUUAAGAACACUUUCAGGUUAAGAACAGACCUCCAGAACGAAUUAAGUUCUUAACCCGAGGUACCAUUGUAUAUGCUUUCUUGAUUGCUUCGAUCAAAGGAACUGGCCCUGUUAUGGGUGCUGGUUCCACCUCAAAAAGGAAUCAGUCUUGUAGUUCAAAACAAGCUCAGCUGGUAGAAUGUGAGAGUCGUAAUCUCAGGGCCAUGGGUUCGAUCCCCACCUUGAGCAAAAAAUAAUCCUGCAUUGCAGGGGGUUGGACUAGAAUGAUGAUCCAUGUAGUCCCUUCCAACUCUACACUUCUGUGAUUCUGUCUAGGGUUACCAGACGUCCCGGUUUCCCGGGGACGGUCCCCGGAUUUGCGAAUAAGUCCCCGGACAAAUUCCAUCCCCGGAAUGUCCCCAGAUUUCAUCUAAUGUCCCCGGGAAACACAGCAGCGGCAGUCUCAGCAGCCUGGAGGAGUUGGCUCUGGCUGGCUUCAGGAGCUGCUCGGAAGUCCCCAUGUGAUGGUGGUGCAGGGGCUCCAAGAUGCAGCUUCCGGGCUGCCUCCACCUUCCCUGACCCCCGCAACUAAGCUGAGAAGGGAGGCUUCAUGGUGCCUAUCAGAGCUUGUGUGCAAGCAGGAGGGGGCAGGGAUCUCUCAGUUAGGCAAGGGGAAGCCUCCCUUCCCAGCUGGCGGAUCCCCGCCCCCUCCUGCUUGCACACAAGUAGGCAUGGGGUUGGGGCUGCUCCGAUGGGAAGAGAGAUCCCUUCCCCCUCCUGCCGUAUCUUGGGCCAUGAUAAUCUCUCCAGCGAACCUCUUAAGGGUCAAGAUAAGGAGAUGGUUACGGUUUGUUUACUAACAUGCUGGCUUCUGAAGCUGGGAUUGUGAAGUGAAUGAGUAACUGUCCAGCAUUGUGUAAUAAUGUGGCUGCAUUCACCUGCAAAAUUCCACUGGUUCCCCAUCCCUGGUCUACUUUUUAAACCAGGAAAUGGUGUAGCUUUGCAGCAGAGCGCUUGCUAUGCACACAGAAGGUUUCAGGGUAGGAGAGACUCCGGCUUGAAAUCCUGGGGAGCUGCUGCCAGCCAGUGCAGACACUAUUGAGGUAAUUGGAGCAAUGGAGAGGGUGGGACAGCAGCUCAGUGAUAGGGCAGCUGCUUUGCAUGCCUCAGGUUCAAUCCCUGGAAACUCCAGGUAAGGCUGCCAGAAACCUCGGAGAGCCACUGCCAGUCCGUGUAGGCAAUACUGAGCUAAAUGGACCACUGGAGAGGGUGGAGCAAUAGCUCCAUGGUAAGAAUGCUUGCCUUGCAAGCAAGAGGUCCCAAAUUCAAUCCCCAAAGGCAUCGCCACAUAGGGUUGGGAGAGACUCCUUAAAAUCUUGGAGAGCUGCUGCCAGCCAGUGUAGUCAGUACUGAAGUAGAUGAACCAACUGUCUGCUUUUUAUUAUGUUUUUAUCAUUGGUGUUCUGUAAUGUGUUUUUAAUGUUGGACGCCGCCUUGGGAUAAUCUGAUAAAGGGCAGUAUACAAACUGAAAUGAUAAUGAUAAUUGAUUAUUACAGUGGUACCUCGGACGCGGGUGGCACUGUGGGUAAAACCUCAGUGCCUAGGGCUUGCCGAUUGCAUGGUCGGCGGUUCAAAUCCCCGCGACAGGGUGAGCUCCCGUCUUUCGGUCCCAGCUCCUGCCCACCUAGCAGUUUGAAAGCACCCUUAAGUGCGAGUAGAUAAAUAGGUACUGCUCUGGCGGGAAGGUAAACGGCGUUUCUGUGUGCUGUGCUGGUGCUGGCUCGCCAGAGCAGCUUCGUCACGCUGGCCACAUGACCCGGAAGUGUCUCUGGACAGCGCUGGCCCCCGGCCUCUUAAGUGAGAUGGGCGCACAACCCUAGAGUCGGACACGACUGGCCCGUACGGGCAGGGGUACCUUUACCCUACCUCGGGUUAAGAACUUAAUUCUUUUUGGAAACCUGAAACUUUUCUUAACCUGAGGUACCACUUUAGCUAAUGGGGCCUCCCACUGCCGCCACUGCGCGAUUUCUGUUCUCAUCCUGAAGCAAAGUUCUUAACCUGAAGUAAUAUUUCUGGGUUAGCGGAGUCUGUAACCUGAAGCGUCUGUAACCCGAGGUACUGCUGUAUUAUUAUUACAGUGGAACCUUGGUUCUCGAACGGCUUAGUUGACAAACAAAUUGGCUCCCGAAAGCCAAAAACUCAAAAGUAAGUGUUCCAGUGUUUGAACGUUUUUCGGAAGCUGAACGUCUGAUGCGGCUGUCAGCUAUUGUUUUCAGGGUGCCUAUUCUAAUCAGAAGCCGCACCUCAGUUUUCAAACGUUCCAGGAGUCGAAUGGACUUCCGGAAUGGAUUAAGUUCGAGAACCAAGGUUCCACUGUAUUAUUAUUAAUAAUAAUAAUAAUAACAAUGACAACAACAUCUGUGUGCCUGAGGGUGCCUACGCUCUAUUUCCUGUGCUUCCUGGGGCAGCUGAAUAUCUUGGGCCGGCUCUGAGUGCGAAUGAGGCCGCCCCAUGUGCUUUCAGAGGUCUGCUUGUUCUGAAACGGUUCCUGUUUCUGUUUUUGGCAGCAGCGACGGCACCCCCCGGGAUCGGACGAUGGCCUCCGCGUUGGGAAACCGGACGGAGACCUGGCUUCAGAAGCUGGACUCGAUGAUGCGAGCCCUGAACCAGACUCUCUCCCACGCUUGCCUCCACGAUGCGAAGCCCGUCGAGGAGGAGGAGGAGAAGGACAACUACGCUUGCGUCUACAUCCUCUUCGUGAUGAUCCUCUUUGCCGCGACGGUCGGGAGCCUGAUCCUCGGCUACACCAGAUCCCGCAAGGAGGUGGACAAGCAAAGCGACCCCUAUCAUGUUUACAUCAAGAAUCGGGUGUCCAUGAUAUGAGGAGGAGGACCAAGGCAGGAAGGACUUGAGAUGCCGCAGGGCAGAAAUCCUUGGUGCAUCCUUUGCAAAAAGAAGACACACCUUUUAUUCGUCAACCUGGCACCCUCCAGAUGUGUUGGACUACAACUCCCAUCAGCCAGGGCCACGCUAGGCUGCAAACGACCCCUACUGGUUAAAAAAGGUCCUGCCACAUGAGCUGCCUUUUAAAUUUCACAGAGAUCCAAAGCCUUCAGCUCCAAACCUAUUCUUGCUUACCUGGGACUAAGCCUCCCUAAAAUCAGCGGCACAGAUACAGUACAGGUGAUAUCUCAAUGGGGCAGUACCUUUUCUAACCAGUAGGGGUCAUCCUACCAGCAUGGCUGCGGCUGAUGGGAGUUGUAGUUCAGGCGCCAGGUUGAUGAAUCUUGCUUUUCCUGAUUCCAGUUAUAUCCCCCCUUCUGGAACUGAGGCACACCUGUGUGUGAUGGGUGGAAAUCUAAGAUGCGGGGAGAGGAAACACUGUUUUCAAAGAAAUUUGGACUGGUGGGGGUGCCUUCAAAUCGCAGAUUAUCAAGAGGGGUUUUUUAUAUAUAUUAAAAGUAUACGUUUGAUUGAUUCCUCCUUCCCCACCCCCAGUACACAAUAAACAGAUCAGUUUCCU